AUGACCGCCAUGUCCGCCGCUUUGCCCCCUUACUCAUCCGCUCCUCCCUCACCGGCCCCUCCCCACGAAGUAGUCAUUACCAUCCAGCCGCCUCACCUCGCUGCCAUUGCUGCCGGGACGCAGAACACAGAGUUGAGGGGCUACGACGUGCCCUCGACCCGGUGGUGGAUCUACGAGCCGGCACCGUUCAACGCACUCAAGUAUGUCGCCGAGGUCGCCGUCGUCCCUGUCCCGACUCCCAGCAGUUCCACAGCGGGUUCCAGCUCCAGCUCGGUGGACGACACUGUGGACGACAGUGCAGACUCCUCGGGCUCAGACGACACAGACGCCACUGUCGAAGCCGAAAACGCGGCAUACGCAUACCAGAUCCUCCGCCUCGAAGAGCUCGAGCCCCCACUUCCGCUGCACGAGCUCCGGCGGCGCGGGUGGCUCCGCGGCGCGCCGCACACGUACGCGUUCGUCAGCGACGGCAUGCGUGCCGACCUCGAGAGCGUCGAGCGGCGGCUGGUGUUUGACAACCGCGACGAGGACGAAGGCGACGUUGCCGAGGUCGAUGCGGAGAUUGUCCCCGUCGACCUCGACGGGCCAGUGCCCUCGCCCUUGAGUUGCGUGGCGGCGGAGAAGAGCGCGGUGUCUGGCGGCGAGAAGGCAGCGGCGGCCACGGGCCUGCAAGAUACCCUCGCUCUGCCUCGUCUCGGCGCUGUUUCCGUGGCAUAA